AUUCGACGCACUACCACGAUGCUUCAUCAUACGAGUAAAAGCUGCUCCUGUUGGAGUAGGAUCACAGAUAGUACAGGGAAAACCAGCGUUCCUGCGGUUUCCAUCUAACGGAGAGAUUUCCUGUUUGGUCGGGUCAAGUUGUCGUUUCCCUAUCUACGCUGUUUCCACCUCACCUGGAGGAAUUACAGAUAUAUCUCUAACUAGUUCGGAAGCCGCGGGUUGUCAUGUUAGUGCAAUCAGAGAUGCCAGUGCCAUACAUAUAGGAGCAAAAAUGGUUGACAUGACAUUUCAAGAUUCCUCGUUUGGUCGUAAGAAAAUUUGUUUAAGAGCAGCAGAUGCCAAUUCUGUAAUUAUGAAAUGUUUUGAGGCAGUGGUACAACCAAAGGAUCCAUGUGAAGUACAACCCUGUCGAAAUAGUGCUGAGUGUGUUACGAACGGUGACAGAACAUCAUAUGUUUGCAUAUGUCCCCCGGGGUAUACGGGCAUCGCCUGUGAUAUAG